CUUUGCCAAAAGAAACCAAGCUUGGGUUGUAUGUGGCGGGAAAAUGUCCGUACGGCACGCACGGUCGUGUAUAAAUAUAUAUGAAAAAUAAAAAAUAUAAAAAAACUCUAAACUCUCAUCCUCAGCCCAUUCCAUCUCUCUGUAUCCUCAUUUUCUUUCGUCAUCGAUUCGUCCGUGCCUUAAAAUCUCUCCAACGCAUUAGAUUCCCUCUCCUGGAGCCCUAGUUUUGAGUGCUGUGAAAAUCUAGGGUUAGGGUUUCGUGUAGGAUUUAUCUGAAGCGUUCUGAUUUGUUUGGUUGAAAAUGGCGGAUGUGUUCGAAGAGGAAGCGGAGCAGACGGUUUCGAUCCAGGAGUACCUCAAGGACGUUGAGGACCAAGAGUUGGAAGCAGACUUGGUUUUGGGUGGUGAUGAGGGCAAGGAAUGCACCUAUAUCAAGGGUUAUAUGAAGAGGCAGGCAAUUUUUUCAUGUUUGACUUGCACUAUGGAUGGGAAUGCAGGGGUUUGCACUGCUUGUAGUUUGUCUUGCCAUGAUGGCCAUGAGAUUGUGGAGUUGUGGACCAAGAGAAACUUUAGAUGUGAUUGUGGAAACUCCAAAUUUGGGGAAUUCUUCUGCAAGCUUUUCCCAAAUAAGGAUAUAGAAAAUGUAGAGAAUUCAUACAACCAUAACUUCAAAGGUUCAUACUGCACCUGUGGUCGCCCUUAUCCUGAUCCAGACAUUGAAGAACAAGAAGAGAUGAUACAGUGCUGUAUCUGUGAGGACUGGUUCCAUGAGGAGCAUCUUGGCCUUGAGUCUUCUGAUGAGAUUCCAAGAGACGAGGAAGGAGAGCCUCUAUAUGAGGAUUUUAUAUGCCAGACCUGCUCAGGAGUCUUUUCUUUCUUGACCCUGUAUCCUAAAAGCAUUUGGGCUGGUGUUAGGCAGCAUGAUGCUACAGUGAAUAAUAACAAGGAAAAAGAUGUGUUUGAAGACCCACCUUCAGUUUGUGGGUCCUCUCAGAAGCUAGAGAAUGAUCCUUAUUCUCACAACUCCCAGCAAAUGGAUCAUGCUAUCACUAAUACUGUUUCUGAAAAUGUUCCUGGAGAAAAUACUGAGAAAAAUGAGGGUUCAAGUCAGGUUAUUCAAGAUGCUAGUCCAAGUAGCAGCACAUGUGUUAUUGGAGUUGAUCUGUUGGUAGCUCCACCAGUUUUUGACGGGAGUAAGCCAAUGUUUCUCUCAAAGAACUGGAGGGAUAUCCUAUGCAGAUGUGAAAAGUGUGUAGAUUUUUAUACCCAAAAGUGCAUCAAUUUUCUGCUUGACAAGGAGGACUCAAUUGUGGAGUAUGAGAAAAUGGCAAAGCAGAAGAGGGAGGAAAAGUUGCAUCAACAGGAGGGGGUUGAAUUAAAUCUUCUGGAUAAACUUGGUCAUGUAGGGAAAAUGGAGUUUCUGAAUGGUGUUGCAGACAUGAAGAACGAGAUUCAUGCUUUCCUGGAGUCCUUUGACCCAUCAAAGCCUAUAACGUCUGCUGAUGUCCACCAGGUUUUUGAGAAUCUUGCAAAGAAGCGCCGGCGUGUGUAGUGUAAGUUGCUCCUUGGAUCUUUACUGCAGUCACCUUGCAUGUGUUAAGCUCUAAACUCCUGUGGUUGGUUUUGGAACUGAUCAAGGCUGAGAAACAUCUAGAAAGGUUGCGUAGUUUUACUGUCUUAUUGCUAUAAGGAUUUAACCUAGACUAGUAGUAUGGCCAUCUUUGAUAUGUAUAAUUAUGUGAUUAUUUACUUUUAGAAUCAACUCUGGCUUUUUUCCUCUAUCACUUUGAGACUAAUGGAACACAUGGAUUGAUUU